UGUGAGCUAUUUAAUAAUGGCCGCAUUCAGCGGCCUUGGAUUGCAGCCUGCAGGUCUUUUGGUCGGAACUGAAGCGACGCGGGCGAUUCUGCAAUUCACCUACUUCGAUUUCAAGAUGAUUGACGAUCAGGACUUGGGUUUCUUCGCCAACUUUCUCGGUAUUUUCAUAUUUGUGCUGGUGAUUGCUUAUCAUUUUGUGAUGGCUGACCCAAAAUAUGAAGGCAACUGAGAAAUCUUUUAGUGCAAUUCUGUUUGAUGUAACAGAGGAUUCAAUGUUUUCCUAUCGACAUAUCAAUUAAGAAUAGAGAGAGAAUCAUUUGUGUUUUAGAUAAAUAAAUUAUCUGCCCUCCUUCCUUCUA